AUGGCGUUUGGAAAGAGACCCUACUGGGACACGUCCAACCAAGAUGCUGUCAAUGCCGUGGAGCAGGACUGCCGCCCCCCGCCCCCCCCCACGGACUGCCCGGCUGCUCUACCCCAGCUCACGCUGGACUGCUGGCAGAAGGACCGUAACAGCCAGAGUGUCAGUACCCUGGACAAGAUGAUCCAGAGCCUGGAGAGCCUCAACACGGCGGCUAUCAUCACCACCGUGCCGUCCCAGCCCCUGCUCCUCUGCUCCAUCCCAGGCUUCAUGGCCUUCACCACCGUGGGUGACUGGCUCAGCGCCAUCCAGAUGGUCCACUACAGGGACAGCUUGCUCACUGCUGGCUUCACGUCCCUCCAGCUGCUCACCCAGAUGACAUCAGAAGACCUCCUGAGAAUAGGGGUCACCUUGGCAGGUCAUCAGGAGGCGAUUCUGAACAGCAUUCUGUCUAUGAGGGUGCAGAUGAGUCAGUCACCAGUGGCAAUGGCAUGA